AAUGUUGAAACAUUUACGCGAUGUGCUAAAUACUAUCUCCCAGCAUCCAUAAAUCCGGAGCGAGCACAGAGCUGUGGCGCACUAUAAAGCCAUGGCCAAUAUUUUCCCGCGCUGCUCUGCUCCACAGCACAUUUUGCCCACCAAAGCCAACAUUCCUACCUCUGAUCAAAUUUAGGAUUUCAAAAUCGGAUACAUGGCGGUGCUCAAUUGGAAGCACCACACUCUUCUUCAGGCGUUGAUGAGCCGCGGCCCACUCCAGGAGAACGAAUUCCACAAGAUCUUCGCUGCCGUCACCGGAAGAAACCCACGUUCUCAUGAGCUUGAUUUCAAUGAUUUCCUUCUGAAGAUAAACAAGGAACUUUCAUAUGUUCAAAUGGAGUUGCGGCGCUGCAGAAACCAGAGUGAUGGUCAAGUUUGUUAUGGACUUGUUAAUAAUGUUUCUGAUGAACAAUCCAAGCUUGGAACUAAAUACUCUGUUCCACAGAUUGCUCUGUAUAAGGGUAUUGUUCAUAGUGGGACAGGAUCACAAUCACAAGGUGGUUCAUCUCAAGUCCCUCCCGCAUUAAGGAAUUUCUCUAUGUCCCAGAAGGAAAAAACUCUUGAUGAACUUGUGCAUGACAGGUGGCUUUGUCUGACCCCUGAUGGUGACAUUGGACUUGGUGUCAAAUCCUACAUUGAUUUGCGAAGUUGGUUUCAUAAUUCUGGCAUUCCAUCAUGUGAAGUAUGCAAUGAAGCUGCAAUAAAGGCAAAAGUGUGCCAAAAUGAAGGUUGUACACUACGAAUUCAUCAUUACUGCCUGAAGAAAAAAUUUUCCCAAAGCAGGGGUGAAAUAGAUUGUCCAACUUGUGGCACGCAAUGGGAAUGCCAAAUUCCCAAAUCUGAAGUAGUAGAGAUAAAGGAUGAGCUGAAUGAGCCUAUUGAGAGCCAACCACUUGCAAGAUCCAACAGGAGGAAGCUUAAAACCAACAGAAAUGCUGAUGCAGAUACUGUUGGAUGUGGCUCUGGCUCAUCUCAAGGAUCAUCAUCUGUUUCUGAUCUGAGAAGAGUGACUCGGUCAUUGGCUAGAACAAGGUGAAAGUAUCUAUUUAGUCAUUGAAUAUUCCUGUAUACUUUGAUACAAGCUAACUCUUUUGGAUAGAUUUUAUCAGGCAAUGUUGUGCAACUGGUUUAGGAUGUUAUUCAGCGGAAUUGUUAUCAUACACAUUAGAUUAAUGAGUUGAUUAAAAAUUCUCUUGUUGCUA